AUGGUCCUUCCUCUGCGCUGGCUGUCCCGAUGGCGCCCUCACCUCCUCCAGCCUUCCUGGCCCCUGGCACUCCAGGGAUCCUGGAGGUGCUGGUCGCAGAGCCCCAACGCAACCACAAGAGAGCCACCUGACUCCACAGGGAGCGGGAAGAUACGGUCACCCCCAGGGGGUCCCCAGCCCCACCCCACAGCUGAGCUGGCCCAGGCUGAGGAGCUGCUGGAGCAGCAGCUGGAGCUGUACCAGGCCAUGCUGGAGGGGCAAGAAGGGGCCUGGGAAGCCCAGGCCCUGGUGCUCAAAAUCCAGAAGCUGAAGCAACAGAUGAGGAGACACCGUGAGAGCCUGCGAGAUGAUGCCUGA